AUGGAGAAAGAUAACCCAUUAUUGCCAUUCGCGUUUAGUAUUUCAUCUAUUAAUGAUUCAAUUCCAUUAGAUACUACUCCAAGAGAUAAACUUACAAUUGAUGAAAAUGCUAGUAGUUUAUAUCAUACUAGAAGAACAUCAAUAACAUCUCCAUCUUCUUUUAAACAACCAAGACCGGUGUUAAAUAAAUCAUUCCCACCUAGUUUGAAAAGAAAAAUGGGAGAAAGUUUUAAUGAUAAAGAUGACAUCAAAAGAAUCGAUAUUGGCUUUGAAGAAGAAGAAGAAGAAGAGGAGGGGCAGGAGGACAAGGAGGGUGUUGAUAGCAAAGACGAGGAGACGAGAGACAUCAUAGACGAUAUUACUCAACAUGAAAGUUCAAUGCAACAAGUACCAUUACCACCAAGUAGUCCACCACCAACUGAAUUAUUUACUGAUGUUGGAUUAGUAUCAGAAUUUGAUUUUACAACUAAUCCAGAAACAACAUAUGAAAUACCUAAAUCACCAACUAAAAAAAUUCAUCUUAAUUUUCCAAGUGAAUUAAAUGAUUUUACAAUUAAUAGUUCACCAACUAAGAAACAGAAAUUGAAACCAUUAAUUAGUUCAGAAGCUGAUUUUGGUAUUGAUAAAUUUAAUAGAUUUCAUGGGAAUUUAACUUAUGAAUUACUGUCUAGUACUGGAUUAGAUGAAUUUGAACAUGUUAAUGAGGCAAUUAAACAAUCAAGUUAUAAUAAAGCAAGAGAUGUUAUAUUAAGAUCAUUUGAAGAUAUGGAAACUGUGAUAAAUUUAGAAGGAAUGAAUUUAUAUGAAUUACCUACUGAAAUUAAAGAUAUGAAUAAUUUAGUUAUAUUUGAUGAAGAUGAUGAGCAAAGAAAUUAUCAUUUAUUUUUGAAUAAUAAUAAUUUAAAUCAAUUACCUCCUGCUUUAUUUAAAUAUACUAAAUUACAAGUUUUAUCUUUGAGAAUUAAUAGAUUAACUAGUAUUCCUCCAUUAAUUGAUAAAUUACAAAAUCUUGUUGAUUUAUCAUUAGGUGCAAACUGUCUUAGGUUUUUACCAUUUCAAAUAUUGAAUUUGAAAAAUUUGGAAAAUUUCACUGCUGGUCCUAAUUCAUUUAAAAGAGUAGCAGAUUUCCCAGAUGAAGAUAUCAUUGAAAUUAAUACUAAAAAUAGGUCAAACAUAAUUAAACUAUAG